AUGACGCUGUACUCCAUCUACGUGUUCAACCGAUAUGGAGACACCAUCUACAGCAAGCAGUGGAAGCGCACCAGUGCAGUGCAGCACGGCGAGGACGGCCUUGUCGCUGGUUUUAUCUACACCCUUCAGCAGAUAAGCUCGCAGUUGUCGUCUACUCAGACCGGUGGGUUACGGGCCGUGCACACGCCUAUGUACAAAGUGCACUACUCAGAGACAAUGACGGGCUACCGCGUUGCGCUCUUCACAGACAAGACAGUGAGCACGGAGGUCGUGCAAAUGACCCUGACUGAGCUACUGAAGGAGGUGUUUAUUCGUACUGUGACAAGGAACCCGUCGUAUCGACACGAGAAGGGUGGGCUAGUCACCGGGACGGAGUUUGAGGAAGCCAUGGAGGCACUCUUCCGACGCAAAAAGCUGCUUGCAUGA